AUAGCUAUUAACAAAAAAAAAAUUAUCAUUAAUUGGUGAAAUUUUCACCUAUUGCUCAAAAACUCAAAGCAAGAGUUGCUGAGCAUCUUGCCUUCACGUUUAUUAAGGAAUUCUACGAUUAGUUAGGGUCUACUAUUUAUUAUAGAAUCUAAGGUCAUAUAGUUUUAAGACCCAAUACGAAAAACCAAAGCAUUCCAAGGGUUAGAAUGUGGAAUUCGACGGCAGCUUCGAUUCAAGCGGGUUCUACUUCGUCCACUAACGAUCCAAGUAGAGAACAAAAUUUCCAACAUCAAGAAGAAGACGAAGAAGAGGAAGAGGAAGAACUUUUGCAAGAAAGCAGUGGACGAUAUCAAGGGGAAUAUUAUGAAUCUGAUACUUCCAACGACACUGGCACAGAAUCUCUGACUUGGAUCUCAUGGUUCUGUUCCCUUUCGGGUCAUGAAUAUUUUGCCGAAGUAGCCGAAGAUUUCAUAGAAGAUGAUUUUAAUUUAACUGGUUUAAAUUCGACAGUCCCGUUUUAUAAAGAAGCAUUGGAAAUGAUACUGGAUGUUGAACCUGAAGAGGAAAGUUUAAAAGUCCCAGACGUCUCUCUUGUCGAAAAUUCUGCAGAAGUGUUAUAUGGUAUGAUACAUCAGCGCUACAUAUUGACGCGUCAAGGAUUACAACAAAUGGUGGAUAAAUAUGAAAAUAAUCAUUUUGGACAUUGCCCAAGAGUAUAUUGCCAGCCAACAGCAGUAGUUCCUUGUGGACGAAAUGAUCAUCCUGGUUUAGAAACUGUAAAACUGUUUUGUCCAAAUUGCUUAGAUUUAUAUACGCCACCAAGUUCACGAUAUCAUAAUAUUGAUGGAGCUUAUUUUGGUACAACCUUUCCCCAUCUUUUAUUUCAACAAUUUCCGGAAUUGCUUCCAAAUACUCCAACAAGAAUAUAUGAACCAAAAAUCUUUGGGUUCAAAGUAAAUGAAAGAAGCCGGAGUGGUCCUAGGAUGCAAUGGUUAAGAAUGCGUCCUAAUGUAGAUAGUGAUGAAGAUGGUGAAGAUGUGUCAGAUAUUGAGGGCGAAAAUGAUGAUGGUGAGGAUGAUGAAUCCUUGUUGGAUCAGGGGGGUGGCGAAAAUAAUGGUGCGCCCGAAACAACAAAUCAAAGUGGUGUAUAUGGGAGUGAAAUAAUUCGUACAUAUAAACUUGGUCAUAAAAGUAAUGAAGGAGGAAAUAAUGAAAUGUUGAGUACGAAUAUAGUUAAGCAAGAAAAGCCAUUUACUCAAAAGUUGCUUGUUAAUACUAGAGAUCAAGCCAUGCGAGAAGAAGAGUGGGCAAAAGAAUCCGUUCAGGAUGAUAAUUUCGGAAUAUCUCCUUUAGUGACCUUACUUCCUUUACUAGCAUCUUCGACUAUCGACGUUCCUACGCAGACUUCUAUAAAAACAACCGAUUCUUCUGCUGAACCACCACUGUUAUCAUCGCCAUCAUCAUCAUCUUCUUCUUCAUCAUUGCGAACGUUACUGGAAACGUCACCGGAAACGGUAUCACCAGAAUCUAGCAGUAAUCAAACAUCCUAUACUAAUACAACAAAUCAUACACAAUGUGAAAAUGAUGCAUUAAAUACUGUAUCAUUAUCAGUAUCGGGUAAGGACCAUAAUAUAAUGUUGGAAGAAAGGUCUACGAUGAUGGUUGAGAGUAAUAAAGGUAAAAGGGUAGAACUGCUGAAUUAGUAAAGUUUUGGGUUUAGGUGUGAGAAAAGACUUUUUUGACAAAAUGGACAUAUUAUUAAUGAUUGGAAUAACUCAAUCACUAGCUGUAUUAGAAGAAAUUAAUGAAACUUCGCGAACAUUUUUUCUUAUUGUCCAAUAAGAAGUAAUUUAUUUGUCUUCUUUAUUUAUCCAUGGCUAAAAGAAAAAAUGAUGAUAAUAGAAAUGAUAAUGAAUCACAUUUGAUUUCUUUGUAAUGUUUUUUUUUUUUUAAAAAAAAACUUUUGUAUAAAUAAACAAAAAAGAAAAAAAAA